ACGAGCUGCUGCCGUUGCAUCAACUGACACCACCGUGGCAAAGUCAGCAGCCACACCAUGCUGCCGUUAUUCCUAGUCCUUUCAUACCUAGGCCAAGUGAUCGCCUCAGGCAAAGAUGUAGAAACACCACUUCUGCAGAUCACAGUACCAGAGAAAAUCGAGACCAACAUCCAGGAUGCCAAGGAGGCAGAGACACAAGUCACUUAUGUGGUCAGAAUUGAGGGCAAAGCAUAUACACUCCAACUUGAAAAACAGUCAUUUUUACACCCACUUUUUGGAACUUAUUUGCGUGACAAGUUGGGAACAUUGCAACCAUACUUUUCUUUAGUAAAGACGCACUGCUUUUAUCAAGGACAUGCUGUCGAGAUCCCAGUAUCAACAGUAACACUCAACACUUGCUCAGGUCUCAGGGGUUUGUUGCAGUUAGAGAACAUCACUUAUGGAAUUGAGCCCUUGGAGUCUUCAGCUACAUUUGAACACAUACUUUAUGAAAUUAAGAAUAACAAAAUUGACUAUUCGCCUUUAAAAGAAAACUACGCAAAUUCUGAGCAAGAAAGUCAGUCCUACCGAAUCCUUGUCAAACCAGAGAAAGGUUCGAACUGGACACUAACGAAGAGAAUUCUGAGGAUAAAGAUCAUCAUGGAUAAAGCCAUGUUUGACCAUAUGGGCUCUGAGGUGGGAGUUGCAACUCAGAAAGUUGUUCACAUCUUUGGUCUCAUUAACACUAUGUUUUCCCAGCUGAAGGUGACAGUGAUGUUAAACUCUCUGGAGAUCUGGUCAGAACAAGACAAGAUAGAAACCAAUGGGGACGCUGAUGAGGUCCUGCAAAGGUUCCUGCUGUGGAAACGCAAGGAAAUAUCUCAAAAGGCCACGGAUAUAACCUACUUACUCCUGUAUAAGGAUCAUCCUGAUUAUGUGGGAGCGACAUAUCAUGGGAUGGCCUGCAACCCAAGUUUUACCGCAGGAAUCGCUCUGCAUCCAAAGACGUUAGCUGUGGAGGGCUUUGCCAUUGUUCUCUCUCAGUUGCUGGGAAUUAACCUGGGGUUGGCAUACGAUGACAUCUACAAUUGUUUCUGUCCAGGAAGCACAUGCAUAAUGAAUCCUUCGGCAAUACGUUCCCAAGGCAUAAAGGUUUUUAGCAGUUGUAGUGUGGAUGAAUUCAAACAGCUGGCUUCACAACCUGAACUGGACUGCCUUCGGAAUACACCGGAGACAGAAUUUGUUGUCCAGCCUCAAGGUGGAUCGUUUUGUGGUAACCAUCUCCUGGAGGUCCCAGAGCAAUGUGACUGUGGCCCACCAGAGACCUGUACUCAUAAAAAAUGCUGUAACCCUAAAGACUGUACUCUGAUUAAUGAAGCGCAGUGUGGUACAGGGCCAUGCUGUGAUAAAAGAACAUGUAUGAUAGCCGAAAGAGGACGCCUAUGCAGAAAAAGUAGGGACCAGUGUGAUUUCCCAGAGUUCUGCAAUGGAGAAUCUGAAAGCUGUGCCCCUGAUACAAAAGCUGCAGACCUGGAACCUUGCAACAAUGAGACUGCCUAUUGCUUUGGUGGGGUUUGCCGAGACCCAGAUAGGCAGUGUACAGAUUUAUUUGGGAAAUAUGCUAAGGGUCCUAAUUAUGUGUGUGCACAAGAAGUGAAUCUGCAAAAUGACAAAUUUGGAAACUGUCAUGGGCGCUGUACUUAUAGUGCUAUAUUUUGUGGAAAAGCAGUUUGCUACUGGAACUUUGCAGAAGUCAUACAAACAGAGAAAUAUGAUGUUCAGUAUACUUACUUGGGAGGCCAUGUGUGUGUGUCCGCUCAUUUAAGAUCACCGACUGGGGCUAGAGAUGACACAUAUGUCCAUGAUGGCACUGUUUGUGGUAGUGGCCAGGUUUGCUUGCAAGGGGAUUGCAAACGUGUGCAUGUCCUAAGAGGAACCAGGGAGUGUGAGGCCGAUGACAAAUGCCAAGGACAUGGGAUUUGCAACAAUCUAGGCAACUGUCAGUGUGAAUCUGGUUUUGCUCCUCCAGAGUGUGACAUGACACCUUCAUCUCCAGGAGGAAGCAUGGAUGAUGGAUUUUGGCUGCCCUUCGAUAAAAGCACACCUUUGAUUUUCAAGCGGCAUGGCCUUCAGUACAAAAAAGUGCUUUUGAUCAGUUUCUAUAUCUUGCUGCCUUUCCUUGUUGUGCUAGCCUUCAUGGCUGUUAAGCGGAUGAUUGGUAAGCGGCUUGAUAAGCAGAAUAUCUCAAAGGCCUUGGAGCACAAAGAGGAAGCCUUCAGUAGAGGGUCCGUGAACCCAGACGUGAUCCCCGGUGGCAACACAGACCAGAACCUCACGACGGUCCCAGGUAGCUUCAACAGCUACUCAUAUUAUGGCAACACAGACCAGAACCUCACGACGGUCCCAGGUAGAUUCUACAACUACUCAUAUCAUGACAACACAGACCAGAACCUCACGUCAGUCCCAGGUAGCUUCAACGGCUACUCAUAUUAUGGCAACACAGACCAGAACCUCACGACGGUCCCAGGUAGCUUCAACGGCUACUCCUAUCAGGGUGCUCCUUACUACCGAUCAAUACCAGGAGACGGUAACGACAGCCAGCAGCCAUAGAGUCAAAGUUAUGCAACAUCAAAGCCACAACAGAAGAAGACCACUACCAAGAAGCUCACUGUUCUGUGGUCUGAUACAAGAGCAAGAACUAGCCCAUCUCUUUCUCUGUGGCUUACUGUUUUUGGUAAUACAUGCCUCCAAAUAAAGUCUAUGGCUGACAGUAUACAGAUGCAUAUUUGCUGCUUCUUCCCUCUGAGCCAGGGAGAUCAGCAUUCUAAGCUGAGAAAAUUCCACUACCUACGAUUACUCCCUCCCAAGUGCCCAAAGCCAAGAGCAAGAUCUAUAAUCCACUCCUCUCCAAUCACACCCCAGCUCUGUCAUUUCCCAUUUCAAGAUGCCCAGAGGGAGAGCUGAUAGAUGAGAACACUUUCUGUAGAUCCCAAAUAGUGACUGCAUAGCAUCCUUUCUCUCUUGAAGGAAUUUCCUAGACUGAAUUCCUGAUCAAAAGUAUAGAUGAAGGCCCGAUGGUUCCCUGAAAAACAGAUGUAGUAUGUUUCUUGAUAUUUGGUGUUGUAUGGCUAUUUCUGACGUGAAACAUUCCUUCUGGUGGAAGGAGCUGUAAGGCAGGAAGCUCCCUUCCGGAAGUUGUAUGACUGAGAGGCCCCUCCCUAGGUUUAUUAAGCAGUGACUGCCAGGACAGAGGAGGGGUCUCUUCAGCUGCCUGUAAGACAGACAAGGAAUUCAUGAGCUGUGACCCACGCUCACUCCAGUGGGCCUUCUGACUGAGGCAUCUGC